AUGGGGGAGUGGACCAUAUUAGAGCGUCUCUUGGAGGCGGCUGUCCAGCAGCACUCUACCAUGAUCGGAAGGAUCCUGCUGACCGUAGUAGUGAUCUUCCGGAUUUUGAUCGUGGCCAUUGUAGGAGAGACUGUGUACAACGACGAGCAGUCCAUGUUCGUGUGUAACACCUUACAGCCGGGCUGCAACCAGGCCUGCUACGACAAGGCGUUCCCAAUCUCCCACAUUAGGUACUGGGUGUUCCAGACCAUCAUGGUGUGCUGCCCCAUCCUCUGCUUCAUCACCUACUCUGUGCACCAGUCUGCCAAGCAGAAGGAACGGCGCUACUCCACAAUGAUCCUCUCCCUGGACAGAGACAUGGACUUUAUGAAGAGAGACGACAGCUGGAAGAUCAAGAACACCAUUGUGAACGGGAUGCUGCAGAGCACAGAAAACACCAACAAGGAGGUAGACCCCGACUGCCUGGAGGUCAAGGACACUCACAACUCAGCCUUGCGAACUACAAAGUCAAAAAUGAGAAGGCAGGAAGGCAUCUCCAGGUUCUACAUCAUCCAGGUGGUGUUCAGAAACGCACUAGAAAUAGGGUUUCUGGUGGGUCAAUACUUCCUGUAUGGAUUCAAUGUUCCUGCAGUGUAUGAGUGUGAUCGAUACCCUUGCAUAAAAGAUGUAGAGUGCUAUGUUUCCAGGCCGACAGAGAAGACGGUGUUUCUGGUCUUCAUGUUCGCGGUCAGUGGUAUUUGCGUGGUGCUGAACUUGGCAGAGCUCAACCACCUUGGCUGGAGAAAGAUAAAAACUGCUGUGAGGGGAGUGCAGGCUAGAAGGAAGUCCAUUUAUGAGAUCCGGAACAAAGAUUGGCCCAGGAUGAGUAUGCCCCAUCUUGGGCGCACUCAGUCAAGUGACUCUGCAUAUGUGUAA